AUGAGGAGGUUGGAGGCUCUAUGUGUUGAUGUUACCUGUUUUAUGGAAACUAGAGUUCGAAGUGCAAAUUUCUCAAAGGUUUUUGAAGCUUUGAGUGCUGAUUGGAAUUUUGCUGCUAAUUAUGAUUUUUCUGAUGGAGGCAGGCUUUGGGUGUUGUGGAGGAAAAGGCUGGUUUUUUCUUUCUUAAAAGGUUGUGGUCAGACCCUUACUAUUGUUGGAGAUGUAGCUGGUCAUAGCAUGGUUAUUACUGUUGUGUAUGGUAGAAACAAUGGAAUGGCUAUGAGGGGUCUUUGGGAGCAUUUGAAGAAUCUUGAAGCUGACAUUGGUUCUCUCCCAUGGCUUAUUGGGGGUGAUUUCAAUGUUGUUUCCAAUGCUCAAGAAAGUUCAGAUUUUGAUAUUUUGGGAUUGCAUAGCAGUUUUGACAUGGAGGAUUUUAAAGGAUGCUUGGUGGAUUUGGAGUUGCAGAACCAUCCUUAUUCUGGCCCCCUAUUCACCUUGUCAAAUAAGCAAGAAAAUUCUUAUUUGGCUCGAAAACUCGACAGAAUACUUAUAAAUUCUCAAUGGUUGCUGGAAUUCCCUGACUCGUUUGUGGAGUUUCAAGCUCAGGGAGUCUCAGAUCACUGCCCUGGCAUAGUUUGGGUGGUAAGGGAAUCUUGGCAAGAACAGUGUACUGGAAAUGCAAUGCAAAUUCUGUUAUGCAAGAUGAAAAGGCUCAAACAUGUGUUAAGGGAGUUUAACAAGAGCUUUUUCUCUGACAUCUCUGGUAGAGUGGCUGGUAAGAGGGCUGAAUUGGAAUCUAUCCAGAUUCACAAUCUUGGCCAAGUUGAUCAUAGAAAAGUGGCUGAAGAGAAGUGGUUCAGGCAACAAGCAAAAGCUCACUGGUUGGAAGAAGGUGACUUGAAUACUAAAUUAUUUCAUCAGAGAGUUGAAUCAAAUAAAAAACGGAAUACUAUUAGAAUUAUUAAAGAUGAGAAUGGGGCGUUUCAUGAAUCUUUUGAUGGUAUGGCUACUGAGCUGGUUAAUUUUUUCAAGGGCCUUAUUGGCACUCCUGACCCUCUGGUGAAGGGUUGUUCUUUGGAAUGGCUGAAAUCUUUGUUGAACUACUCCUUGCCUGAUGGAGCUGAUGCACUCCUUGUUGGUGAGAUCACAGAUAAGGAGAUUAAGGAAGCACUUUUCAGGCAGGUGAAAGAUAAAAGCCCAGGGCCAGAUGGUUACACUUCAUGGUUUUUCAAGGAGAUUGUUAGAGGUUACUCUAGGAAAAAUCUUUCUCCUCGAUGUUCUUUGAAAAUAGAUCUCCAAAAAGCUUUUGAUUCAGUUUGUUGGGGUUUUUUGCUGAAUGUUCUUGAAGCUUUGGGUUUGCCUUUCAUUUUUUGUGGAUGGAUCAAAGCAUGUGUGACUUCUCCUAGGUAUUAUAUUUCUUUAAAUGGUAGUUUGGUAGGGUAUUUUUUGGGAGCAAGAGGAGUGAGGCAAGGGAACCCAUUAUCUCCAUACCUAUUUGUUAUUGUGAUGAAUGUGCUUUCAGUCCUGCUGAAUGUUGCUGCUAAGGAUGGUGUCUUUAAGUUCCAUCCAAAAUGCAAGAAAUUUGCCUUACCCACAUUUGUUUUGCUGAUGAUUUACUCUUGUUCUGCCAUGGCCUCUUGA